GUUGGGGGAGUUCUGGGAGUGUGAGGCUACAACCUGCUUAUAAAGGGGCUCGCACGUUGUUGCUCUACAUUAGUGCAUAUUGCCGUAUUUUGGGUCACUUCACGCUCAAAAGACACCGCUUUCAUGGAGUCGUUCUACCUGGAGGACUUGCUUCAUUGUACUGAAACGCCGUUCUACUGGGUCGGUGCACUUGUGACUCUGAUCAUAUCGCUGUUUCUACUCUAUAAACUUAUCACUGGGAUCCGGAUAUGGGUGAUUGGGAACGGCGAUUUACUUACUCCUAAAUUGGGAAAAUGGGCAGUGGUGACUGGUGCUACGGACGGCAUUGGGAAAUGCUAUGCUGAGGAGCUUGCCCGCAGAGGUUUUGCGAUCGUGCUCAUCAGUCGAUCCCAGGACAAGCUGGAUGAUGUGGCCAAGUCCCUCGAGGAGCAGUUCAAUGUGGAAACCAAGUCCAUUGCUGCGGACUUCAGCGGCACUGACAUCUACCCCAAGAUCGAGGAGGGACUGCAGGGGCUGGAGAUCGGAGUUCUGGUUAACAAUGUCGGAAUCUCCUAUUCCUACCCUGAGUUUUACCUGAACAUCCCAGACUUGGACAACUUCAUCUAUACCAUGAUCAAUGUCAACAUCACUUCAGUGUGUCAGAUGACCCGCCUGGUCCUGCCCAGAAUGGUUGACAGGUCUAAGGGCGUCAUCAUGAACAUUUCGUCAGCCAGUGGCAUGUACCCUGUCCCACUCCUGACGGUGUACUCGGCCACAAAGGCUUUUGUGGACUUCUUCUCUCGUGGGGUGCAUACUGAGUACAAGGCCAAGGGAAUUAUUGUCCAGAGUGUCCUGCCUUUCUUUGUGGCCACCAAGAUGACCAAGAUCAGGAACCCCACCAUCGACAAGCCCAUGCCAGACCGCUAUGUGGCUGCUGAGGUCAACACUGUGGGCCUGCAGGACCAAACCAACGGAUACUUCCCACACGCUGUCAUGGGCUGGUUCUCUGCUGUGUUUGCUCCUAUUGACCUGGUGCUCUACCUGGGUGCCCGGAUGAACAAGGCCCAGCGUGGAGGCUACCUCAGGAGGAGAAAGCUGAGAUAAGCUGUCUCGACCUCACCUCAGAUUUCCCCAGACCUGCAAGCCCCACCGUGGCUGAACAAGCCCACACUGACCGCUUUAUAUUGAACACCAGCCAGCCAUGGAUAUGACCAUCCAAGCGAAUAUUUUGGCACAUCAUUUUGUGUGUGCAUGUGUGUAUGUCUGUCUGUCUGUAGUUUCUUUUUUUACAUAUCAUUUUGUUGACAUAAUUGUACUCGUAUGGUUUUCUUUUUCUAAGGGCUAUUUUUUUUUGUUUUCCCGCUGUACUGUAUUGUUUGGAACUGGUAUAAAAAAAGAAACGACCAACCAAUGUGGAGGAGUCUGCUACAGGUCUUAAAAAGGUUUUUGUGCAGGAUAUGUCAGUAGUGCAGAGUGUUUUCAGAACAACGGAAACCAUAUUUACACUGCUGUUGUAAGCAGAUGAUAAUGCCACCAAAUACAUUUUUUACACUUUAUUUUAUAUUAUUUAUAAUGUUUAUACGUGUAAAAUGUGCCGCACACCUUGCCUUAAGUAUUCGUGGCUAGUGCUUUAUAAGUGAAGUCGGCAUGACCAAAGCCUUCUCAGUAAGUGCCUUAUUUAUUAAGACCAACCAAAAGUUUACUCUUUGCAGUUCGAGCACAGUCUACAACUAGUUGUCUUGUUUUCUACUCCCCUUUAUUCUUUGUAGGUUUUUAACAUUUACAAUGGUGCUGGAUUAUGUAUUGUAUGUUGCACUGAAUUUCAUGAUGUUUGUCUUUUGAGAACCAAAAAUGCCUUAAAACUGCACGCUCAGGUAGAGGAAAGUGGAGUGACCCUUAAGCCAUUACUGUAUCUGAAGGGCAAUAAUACUGAACGGUGACUUUGGGACAGUGAAAAGUUUGAUGUUUGUUUAUAAUGAUAAUAAUAGGAAAAAGAAAAUUGCGUAUGCAUCUAUUGCCAAAGAAUGAACCGUCAUGUGAAAGGAAUGCAUUGUUGCCUUAUAGGCCUAUUGUGCUGUACCGUCCUGUUCCACUGGAUCUCCAGCACUGGUUUAUGGCCAAAUUUCUUGCCUGACUGCUAUAAUCAAGAAGUCUUUAACAAUGCCUUUCUGUCAGUCAUAUUUUUAUGGAAAUGCACACUGCUGUAAUAUGAAAUUUUGCUAAAUAAAUUUCUCAACUUCUUUA